UUGACAUAAUGACAGCCCACAUGGGCAGCCAACUUAACUUAUUCCUUUCUUUCGUUCUUUCGUAAAAUUUCAAGAUGUCGAACAUCAAAAGGAAGAAGACCAGAAAGCUGCGUGGUCAUGUGAGCCAUGGUCAUGGUCGUAUUGGCAAGCACCGUAAGCAUCCUGGUGGUCGCGGUAAUGCUGGUGGUAUGCACCAUCACCGUAUCAACUUCGACAAAUACCAUCCUGGCUACUUCGGCAAAGUUGGUAUGAGAAACUUCCACUUGCGUCGCCAACACAAAUUCUGCCCAACAAUCAAUUUGGACAAAUUGUGGUCUCUGGUCGGUGCUGAAAAAUUAGAGGAAUUGCAAAAGGAGAAGAGCAACAAAGCCCCUGUCGUAGAUUUGGUGCAAUUCGGUUACUACAAACUUUUGGGUCGUGGACAUUUGCCCAAGCAGCCCAUCAUUGUUAAGGCCAAAUAUUUCUCAAAGAAAGCUGAAGACAAAAUCAAGAAUGCCGGUGGUGUCUGCUUGUUGAGAGCUUAAUUUUAAGGUCCUUUCCAAUUUACGUGUGACCAUCAAACAUGUACGGGUUUUAUAAGUAAUAAAAAAAUUAUAAAAAUAGAAAA